CCUGGUGGGGAGGAAACCGGGGGUCAGAAGCAGUGUGUGUCGCUUUAAAGGUUCCCCGCUCGGCUCGGCCCGGCCCCCUUCUCUGACAGUGCAGAGAGGCUGGGCUGCCUUUAGCUGAGCCAUCGCCCAGAGCUGCCAGUCUAGCAGGAGGCAGAGCCGCCCGUCCGCUCGCCUGCCAAGCCGGCUCCCUGGCACCGCGGUUCUGUGCCCGUCCCCCCAGAAUCAGGGGACGGGGAAGAUAGCGGCCCGCGGACUGAGAGGCCUGGAGAGGACCCGUUCUGCUCUCCCCAUCCUCCUCCUCCUCUCUUCCUUCUCUUGGAUUUGGAAAGGCACUGCACGCCGUUCCUGUGGAAGGAGGAGCGAGUUCCCGUUCCCGCAGCCCCAUGGCUGGCUUCCCUUGCGGAUGGGCUGGGAACCCAGGCAUCCAGGGCUACCCAGCUCGGCUCUGCUAACAGCCUAAGGGUGCUGAGGAGUUAAAACCCCAAAAGGAGGCUACAGAGCCCCAGAGGGGUGCCCUCCUCCGCUGGGCUCCCCCUGGGGCCCCCCGGAGCGGAGCAGCGCAGCGCAGGGCGCGCAGUGUGUGUGUGUGUGUGUGUCUGUGUCCGCGCGCGCGUGUUCGGGUGCGCGCGUGUUUGUGAUCUGUGGUGUGUGUGUGUGUGUGUGUGUGAGUGUGCUGUGAGUGUGCGCGCGCGCCGGGGUGCAUCCCCCCAUCCCCACCCCCUCCCCGCCCCCACCCGCACCCCGCAGCCCGCUGAGCCCGGCGGGAGUAGGAGGACGCGGACGGCCCCCAGGAGGAAGAGGACGCGCAACCGGCGCCCCCCCGGUGCCGAGGAGCUGUGUGGCGCGGUGCAGCCGGAUCCGAAGGGGGAUGGGACACAGCGGCGACCCCCAGGCCCCCCGCCCCACGGAAGCGCCCCCGAUCGCCCAGCCCAGCUGCCUGCCGACGGUCCGGGACCAAGCCUCCGGAGCUGGCCUCGCCUGAUCCCGGCGGCUGCCCACUGCUCCGCUUGGAUUCCGGAUCCCGCGCGGCGCCAGCGGCUCGCUCCCUAUUGACUUUGGCUCUCUUCCGCCCGGGACCGGCCUGCCGCUUGCCGGGCUUCCCGCCGGCCCUGCCGUUCCCCGCCGGAAAUGUCCGGGUCACCUGUGGCCUCGCGCCCCGGCCCCGCGCCGCGGUCCGCGCUCCCGCUGACUCCCUGCGGGCCCCAGCGUCCCCGCGGCUUGCCCCGCGCUUCUUCCCCCUCCGCCGCCCGCGCCUGAGUCUGGGUCCGGACCCAGGGCUCCAGCUUGGGGCAGGGGAUGAUCGCUGAAGGGAUUUGUUUUUCCCGGGCCUUGAAAGGCAGGGGCCGGGAGACUCGUUCCUAGCCCUGGACCGGAUUUGAAAGCUGGGGUAUUUCUGUUGGCUUUUUCUCUCCCUUCGUGGAGAACGGAAUUCUUCGCCCCCUCCCCCUUCCAGCUGGGCCAGAUGUUGGCCACCGCUUAGAGAAACGCGGGGACUCGUCCGAGCAGCUCCUCUCCCUCCGAACACACACGCGAGCUAGACACAGCCUCGACCGCCCGCUCCCCUCCCCUCCCCUCCCCCAAUCUUCCAGCCAGGGGCCAUCCCAUGCCCUGACUUCGAGGGCAGCUCUGGCGCCGCCCGGACCUGGCUGACGUCCCUGUCACUCCGGACCGCGUCUCUGUCCUCCGGGAAAGCCCUACUUGUUCAGAAUAGUGUGGAGAACGGAGGGUAGGCCCUGCUGCAUCUGGGAUCCUGUGUCCUGACAUCCUGCGCUUCCCCUCUUCCACUUCCAAUCCAGGACAGACUAGGAGUUUGGGGGCUGUGGCUGUCACCUCCUCAUCAACAUCCCAGGGCCAAGGACAUCACAGGGCACGACCUGUUCCCUUUUGAUCCCUCAGGAACCAUCCCCCAGCCCAAAUCUGGCAGCCAUCCCUCUGAACCAGAGUGGGGGGGCACUACUUCAGCAAGUGGACAACAGAAUCCAUCCCGGAGACACACAUAUCCCCAAGCCCCGGCGCUGGGCUCCUGCUCCUAUUUAGCUCUCAUCUGAGUCUUGAGGGCUACAAAGCUGAAACUUUUAACCCCUUCUCUCGCCCCCCCCCCCUCCACUGGACUCUGCCCUUACUGGUCGGUCUCCUGCGCUCAUUCUCCUCCCUCUGGGAGUCUCUGCCCCAUCAGGUGAGCAGUUCCCAGACCAAGGGAGGAAGAGGAGAAAGAGCGGAGGGAGAGGGACCUGGGCUGAGAUCCGGUGGGUGUGGGCUGGGGCUGGGGCAGCUGGGGGGGGUGCCGUUAAGAUGUGGAGAUCUCCCUGGCUGAGAGGGGCUCCAAGGAGGCAGUGGCAGCGCGAGGCCCAGGGAGAGCAGCAUGGACAGGCCCGUGGCAGCGUGGUGAAGCAUGAACAUCCGGAGUGCCCAGGACCACGGGCAGGCCAGUGACAACCCCAGUGGUGGCGGCGGAGGCGGCGGCGGUGGUGGUGGAGAGCGAGAACGAAUUCGGAUGCGAAUGAAGAUGGUCAUCGGGCAGCUGGAGGGCAUCCUGCAGGAGCUCAAGGAGGUGGCCAAAGAGCUGAGAGAGGUGGUGAGCCAGAUAGACAAGCUGACCUCCGAUUUUGACUUUGAGCUCGAGCCCGAUGAUUGGACGACGGCCACAGUCAGCAGCACGUCCAGCAGUGAGAAAGGUGGCGGGAGCGGCCCCUUUGACCUGACCCACCUGGAUUUCAUGACCUCAGACAUCCUCUCGGACAGCUGGGAAUUCUGUUCCUUCCUGGACAUCUCGACCCCCUCAGACUCAGGCGAGGGCCCCGAGCCAGCCCGACAGCCUCCCACCCCUGACUACAGGCUGAUGAAUGGAGGCGUGCUUAUCCCCAAUGGGCCCCGCGUCGAGACCCCCGACUCUUCCAGCGAGGAGGCCUUCAGUUCUUGUCCCCCUGAUCCUCCCAAGGGCCAGCAGGCCCAUCGGACCCCAGGCACCAGGGAGCGGGUACGUUUCAGUGACAAGGUGCUCUACCAUGCCCUCUGCUGUGAUGAUGAGGAAGGAGAGGGGGAAGAAGAACAGGAAGAGGAUGGGGCAGCCCCAUCCCCUAACCCUCCCCAGACAGAGCCCCACGUGGCACCCCUCAAACCCCUCCUGGCGACCUGCAAGCCACGGAGGUCUCCCCUCACGAGUCGGAAUGGAGGUCAUAUCCCUACGCUCACCCCAGGGUCAGGGCAGACCCGAAGGGUCACACGGAACACCAGUACCCAAACGGUGUCGGACAAAAGCACCCAGACUGUGCUGCCAUAUGCAGCAACCAGGCAGAAAGUCAAAGGGAAAAACUGAGAGGAGCAAAAGAGGUGGGGGUGGGGAUGGGGUGGGCAGGUGGGGAAAUAGAUACACAUAUAUAUUUAAACAAAUCCAAUCAUAAUAAAUCAAAAAAAAACAAAAGGAAAAGGUCAUACCAACUGCCCAGACUCGUCCUCCAGCCAGCACUGGCCUUACCUAUAGGCAGAGUGGGUGGCUGCCCACAGGGUCUGACAGGAGCAAUGGGAAAAUCUGUCAGCAACAAAACACCCCCCGCCUGCCACAGUGCCUGAAAUAGCCCCAUUAGAGCUACCUCGAUUUGGGUAGAGAAUUGUUUUUUCUUUUUUCUUUUUACUGAAUACUUCCAUGAGAAGGGAGAGUCUUUAGUCUCUUCUCCCUUAGGGGGAAAUACUGAUGUUUUCAUCUGGAGCAAGAGACAAGGAUAUCUUGAGAGCUCUAGUACAAAAAGGGGAAGAUGAGGUACAGAAGCUGAAAAGGAUCAGAACCAGAGCCCAGACGGCUUUUUCCAGCUUCCCAAUUUCACCAUGUGGCAACAACAUAGGGCUAUGGUUCCUUACCCUCAGCUGGCAGUCGGAAUGGCUCCACUCAACCCUGGAUCCCACUCUUGGAUUUGGGGUAAUAUCUGAGUCACCCUUAUUGUAGGGUUGUCGAUUUCAAGCUCAAAGAGACUUCUCAUUAUCAUUCAAUAUUGUUAUCCUUUUAUUCCAAAUCUCAUUUUACAGAUGAGGAAACUGAGGCCCAUGGUCACAGCUACUUUAUUGGCAGGAUUGGGAGGGAUUCAAACAUUGAAGCCCAGCAAUCCUUCCGCUAAACCCCUUCAACUCCAGUCAAAAACACAGGCCCUUACAAAGUCUGUCCCCCAACCCAAUCCAUCCCUGAUCAGUCUACAGAGCACCGGGGAGGGAUGGGGUUGUAUGACUCUCAUUUUCUAGCAUAACAUCUUCCUCAUUUUAUCCCGACUCCCCUGAGAAGUGUAUCAGGGAUUUCUCUCCUUGUCUGGAGGGAUCUGAGCCUCUUGUGGGAGGAGGAGGACAAUUGUUUCUCCACAUAGGCAGGUGAUUGCCCUUAAUGUGCAACUGUAAGCAAAUGCGGGAGGGGUGGGGUAAAAAGAAAGAGAAGAUUGUUAUUGAAAUAAUCGUGUGGCUUCUCAAAGAUGCUGAUUUGGGUGCUUCAUAGGCUCAUAUCUGGAAAGUAUCAGAGAGUUCAUGGAGUCAAAUCUCCUUAAACAGUCUCAGAGUUAUGAAGUCUACCCAGUAGCACACAGCUUACAGUGUCUAAUGAAGAAUUCGAAUCCAGGUCUUUCAGAGCCCAGAGCUCAUUCUGCUAUGCCAUCACACAUCAAAUGGCCUUAUUGCAGGAGACCUAGGGCACUGGGUUUCUGUUUGGCUAGGAUUCUAGGUCAAGUCUGUCUGCGUGGGUUGGUCCUUAGGUUAUUGAAGGGGAGGAUGGGCUCCUUAAUGGAGUUCCAUGAGGGGUGAUUCACACUGAUUCCCUCAUAGAAAAUAACUACUUGCCUUUGUCUCUGACAUUUCUCCACAAUUUUCUCCAGUAUUCUUGGACUCAUUCCCUUGAUGUCAAGAUCUAUGGUUCCUGACAAAGUAUUGGGAAAGUCUUGGAGAGGAAGAAAAAUAUAGGGAGGGAUAAAGGAAAGUUGCUAGGUCUGAGAUCUGGAAGGCUUUCUGAAGAAUAGAACAAUCAAUGAUAAUAGCUAGCAUUUAUAUAGCACUUUAGACUUACAACGAAUUUUUCAAAUUGAACCUCAUAACAACCCUGGGAAGCAAGUGCUAUUAUUAUUCCCAUU